AUGAAUGCAGACACAAAAAAACUAAUAUCAAACCAAUACGGUAGAGUAAACGCCCCACCUAUCGAACGUUGUCGAGUUAACUUCUGCACAGACAUGGAAAAAUCGGUUCUAAUGAGUAACUUUGAGAGACGAGGCUGGAAUCAAGUGGGACAAGAUGACGAAUGGAACUUUUAUUGGGCGUCGACACAGACCUGCCGGAAUCUGUUUAGUGUCGAGAGCGGGUACCGAAUGAACGAUAACCAAAUCAUCAAUCACUUUCCCAACCACUACGAAUUGUCGAGAAAGGAUUUGCUAGUGAAAAAUAUUAAACGAUAUCGCAAAGAGUUAGAAAGGGAAUCCAGUCCGAUUGCUGAGAAAGCUGAAGUCGUCCUCCCUGGGGGUCAAGUGGGGACAAGAUACGUUCACCUUGACUUUAUACCCGUCACCUUCGUUCUACCGGCGGACUACAAUAUGUUUGUCGAAGAGUAUCGAAAGUCCCCACAGAGUACAUGGAUUAUGAAGCCUUGUGGCAAAUCUCAGGGUACGGGAAUUUUUCUUAUAAAUAAACUGUCGAAGUUAAAGAAAUGGUCUCGUGAGGCCAAAGCUCCGUUUCACCCUCAACUAAGCAAGGAAAGCUACGUGAUAUCUCGAUACAUUGACAACCCUUUGCUUAUCGGAGGGAAAAAGUUUGAUUUGCGUCUGUAUGUGUUGGUGACGUCAUUUCGGCAUCUUAAAGCCUAUCUGUUCCAAUUGGGGUUUUGUAGAUUUUGUACAGUAAAAUACGAUACUAGUGUGACUGAAUUAGACAAUAUGUACGUGCAUCUGACGAACGUGAGCGUACAGAAGCAUGGGGGAGAUUACAACAAUAUACACGGAGGGAAAAUGAGCGUUGAAAACCUACGAUUAUUUUUAGAAGGAACCAGAGGACGGGCUGUGACUGAGAAGCUUUUCUCAGCCAUCCAAUGGCUCAUUGUGCACUCGCUCAAGGCGGUUUCGUCGGUCAUGGCGAACGACCGGCAUUGUUUCGAGUGCUACGGAUACGAUAUAAUAAUUGAUGACCAGUUAAAACCCUGGCUGGUCGAGGUUAAUGCCUCGCCGUCACUUACCUCCACUACAGUGAACGAUAGAAUUAUGAAGUAUAAAUUAAUAGAUAACAUGAUUUCAGUUGUUUUACCGCCUGAUGGCAUCCCCGACGUUCGCUGGAAUAAAACACCGAGCCCUGAAGCUUUUGGAAACUUUGAUUUGCUUAUAGAUGAAGAGUUACUGGAAAAAGAGGAAAUGGCAAGCACUGGCCGCUCAUUCAAAGGUCAUAAGAGUAGAAAUUAA